GGAGCGGCGAUAUUUGUGAAAAAAUAUUUGCUGGGGAUUUGGUGAAUGAGUUAAUAAAACAGUAAAUAAUUUAAAAUACAUAUUCAAAAGUGAUAUAUGUGGUAUUGAAAUAUGGACCGGAUUAUGUAUUAAUUUGGAAGGAAGUAAAACCUGGCUAUUGUUUGUAAAAAGUUUUUUUGUAUGUAUGCUCAUAUGUAUAUAAAGAAGUGAAAAUUUUGACCAUAUAAAGUCGAACGUACUUAAAAUUUUCCAAGUUUGAUAUUCAAAAGUGUUGGAAUUUCAGCAUACUACUAUUUGGGCGACUGUUCUAAAUAUAUAUGCUACUAUAUUGCUUCAUACUAUUCAAUAAGCAGGCAAAUCUUCAGGGAUCACCUAAACUGGAACAUACAUCUAAGUGUAGAAAUUGAGGUGUUGACGGCAGUCAAUGUUGACACAGAUCAUCAUACAUCAACGCAUUCGUAGUCGUAGUGAAUAGUUGGCGCUUCUUACACAUAUGUAUAUGCGUUGCUUAUGUAUGACAUUAAAUGAACGAAUCAACAGUGACCACAAAGUGUGAAGAGUCUCAAAUUGUUACAAUCUAAAGAGAUUUAAAGCCGUGAACGGGGAAUUACAUUUACUGUUGAUUAGGCCUGCAUCUAAAUUGGCCAGUUCUUACUACUUACAUACAUACCAAAAAAACAAGGUGUCACUACCCGAAUUUACUGCCUAUAAAAUUAGUAUCAUAAAAUUUGAUCAACCUGUACAAUAACUACUAAUACGUAAAGAAGAAGAUAAGGCGAGGAUAAACCGGGGACUGCAUUCAUUUACAUUGACCAUACAAAUUUUUGAGGUUAUAAAAUGAUACUACUGGAAAUCAAUAACCGUAUCGUCGAGGAGACUCUUCUGGUUAAAUUUCGUAAUGCACUAGCUGGCGCAAAAGCAGAAUCUAUUGACGUGAGAAUCGCGGAUUUCGAUGGUGUGUUAUUUCACAUUUCCAAUGUUAACAGCGACAAGACUAAAGUUAGGACAAGCAUUUCGUUGAAGUUCUACAAGCAAUUACAAGAGCAUGGUGCUGAUGAAUUGCUAAAGCGUGAAUAUGGCGGCUUACUAACUGAUACUGAAGAUGGGUACAACGUAUCUGUACUUAUUGAUCUGGAAAAUAUACCCGCUGAUUGGGAGGCAGUUGCUAAAAAAAUAGGUCUAUUAAAGCGUAAUUGCUUCGCAUCGGUUUUUGAGAAGUAUUUUGAUUUCCAAGAACAGGGUGAAGAAGGGCAAAAGCGCGCAGUUAUCAAUUACCGGAACGACGAAACUUUAUAUGUUGAAGCUAAGUCGGAUCGUGUAACCGUUGUGUUUAGCACAAUCUUUCGAGACGAGGACGACGUAAUUAUUGGUAAAGUGUUUAUGCAGGAAUUGAGAGAAGGACGUCGUGCAUCACACACAGCACCUCAAGUGCUGUUCUCGCAUCGCGAACCACCACUGGAAUUGGCAAAAACGGAUGCUAGAGUCGGGGAUAACAUUGGAUAUGUCACUUUUGUGCUAUUCCCUCGACAUACUAACAAGGAGACAAGGGAUAAUACAAUUAAUUUAAUACACAUGUUCCGAGAUUAUUUACAUUAUCAUAUAAAGUGUUCAAAAGCGUACAUUCAUUCCAGAAUGCGUGCAAAAACAUCAGACUUUCUGAAAGUUCUCAAUCGUGCUAGACCGGAAACGAAGAAUACGGAAAAGAAAACAAUUACGGGGAGAACAUUUAUUCGCAAAGAAUGAUUUAUGGAUUAUGUCUAGUUGUUUUAUAUUUAUAUAAUAAUUAUUAAUAAUCAUAGCUUGAUGGCGACAAGUGUAAUGAAUUAUCGUGAAAUAAGCAAAAACCAUACCCGAUAGGAAAUUUAUCCAAAACAUGCCACGAAAUACAUUCUAUCGGCGUAUAUAAAUUAUAAAAUGCUAAGAGUAUUAAAAACUAAAAGCUAAUUAAUCGAUUUAAAACACAAUAAUUUAACAAAAAAAAAAAAAAGAAACAAAAAGAAAGAAUUCCUUGAGACAUAAAAAAAACAUUAAUAAUUUGAUAAAGCCCUAAAUGAAAUUAAACUAAAUAUCUACAAAUAAGUUCCAUACCGGAGUAAACGUGUUAUGUAUUGACGCAAUAUACGCGUAAUAAGUAAAUCAAUAAUAAUAAAGCAUUAAACGUAAACUAAACUGAAUAUAUUAGAUAACGCAGGAGUAUCAUUACGCAAUGCUGCUGAUCGAAGAAUUUGAUAUGAAAUCCGUAAAUAAUAAAACAAUUGCAAUAUUGAUAAUC